UCUAAAUUACUUUAUGAUGAAUGCUGACUGAUUAUGUUUUGAAUUAUGUUACAGCGCCAAUUCUGACGAUCAGUGACGAUUCUGGACGUAUAGUUUCUAAAGAAAGACACCUAAAAGCAGGCAGUGUCCUCAGGCUCAGAUGUGAGGCAAGGGACGUACUCGAGUCGUUUAACGAGUCCGUCAUUUGGACCAGAGGAGACGAGACCCUUACAGAGGAUAUUAGUGAGAACAGAACGACAGAGAUCUCAGCGGGCAAGGAGGUCCUUGUGAUCGUCAGUACUCUCAUCGUGGAGAGAGCGAGCCCCAGGCAUGCGGGGAACUAUAGCUGCAUGGUACCCGGCAAAGCCAAGACCACCGUCGCGGUCCACGUUCUCAACGGUGAGUACAUCCUUUACGUGCACACGUGUUCUAUCGUGCCUUUCCUUUCUCACCAAUCCUGAAGGAAAAGAGAAGAUUCCGCCGGCACGUCGGCCGUUAUUUAUCAAAGCAAAACGAAGUUUUCUCAUAGCCGAGAGACUUCGGAUCGGCAGAAUGCACACUUUUGGACAAUUUUGAAACUCAGACCGUCAUGGCCGAAUGACGUCCCCUUUCCGUUUUCAGUUCGUUUCUGUGACCUUUACGCUUAGCGAUUUCCGUUCCAUGUUAGAAGCGCGAACAUACAAAGUUGCAUUUCUAAGCUCAAACGAACGGUUACGUGAAGAUAUGUCAAUUUUUAUUGAAAAUCUUAAAGUUACAUUGACGUUUAAAAAUAACUUCAACUAUAUGAAAAGAAGAUAUAUAUUUUGCAUAACAUAUUUAUAUAAGUUCUAUGUGUAUUCUAUCAUUUAUACAAAAUUGUAAAAGUUUUGUUAGAAAAUUUUACACAGAUGGUUUUUUGAGAGAAUAUUCUUUGUAUUAGAGUUGAAACCUUCAUUAAUUGACAGAAUUUUUCAAAAUUGAAGUGUAAAACACAUAAUAAAAAAUUAAAAAGUUAUAAUAUAAUUAAUUUAAUAUUAUAAUUAAUUAAUUAACAUUUUAAUAAUAAU